AUGGCAGAAUUUACUAAGAAAGUUCCUGAAGAUGUCGUGGAAUACACCAUUUAUCCCCCACUUCCAGGAGAUUUGGAAAAAGAACAUCUGAAGAUACUUCUCGAUGACCUGUUAGAAGUUUAUUUAACACAGCUGAGUCCAGAAAUAAUAAAUUACUUGUGGCAGAAAGAUCCAUUUGAGUUGCAUGCUGUCUUGGGAAAAGGAGAUGAACCAGGUUGUUUACAAGGUCAGACUAAUUAUGGUGAUAAUAUAGAUGAUGAGUGGUUUAUUGUUUACUUAUUGUUUCAAUUAACUAAAGCUUGUCCUGGACUUGUUGCUAGUAUACAUGAUAAUGAUGGAGAGUUUAUAUUAAUAGAGGCAGCUGAAGUAUUACCCAAAUGGUUAGAUCCAGAUACUGCUGAAAACAGAAUAUUUAUAUACAAUGGAGAACUACAUAUUAUACCUAUACCUGAGAACGCCAAUGAGAUGUCAGAUUUACCAUUAUUUACACCUAGUGUACCAGACGCUGUCAAUAUAGUCAGAGAACAUGAACAUUUAACUAAAGCUAAACCAGAAAUACAAAAUGCCAUCAUGAAAAAACUACAAACAUUUCCAGAAAAAGCUAGUCAGAAUUUACAUUAUGCAAAUUGUUACAUUCCUACCUCAGUUGCUAGUGUUUUAGAACAGAAUCCUAGUCUAGUAGCACCAGCUGUUGAAGCUUUUUAUUAUAGAGAUCCUGUAGACUUGAAGGCAUGUCGAUCAAUGAAAAAUUUCCCUCAAGAAGACAUGGUGAUUUAUCGGGUUAAGUUUACAAGGUUUAUGUAUGCUCAGUUAUUACAACAAGAUUUUCAGCCAGAUAGACGUAGUGGUUGGACAUUACCUAGUAAAACUAAUUCACAAUUUAAACAAGAUGAUAUCGGUUUAAAAUUGGCUCAUGGUUUUGAGAUAUUAUGUGCUCGAUGUGGAGGAAAGAAAUCCAGUAUUAAUGGUCACACACAGUUUAAUGAACAAGAUGGAAGAUGGCAACGGUACUUACAAGCUUUAAAAGAUAAUGGAUUUUUUAAGAAUGAAUUAGAAGGAUCUAAACAUUAUAAGAUUUUAUUAGAAGAUGCCAAAAGUUUUUAUACAGAUAAUUUAGCAAAUCAAAAAAGAAAAAAGAAAGAACCAGGGAACAGUAUUUUUGACUUAUUAGAUUCCAGUACAUAUUCUAUGGAAGAUUUCAAAAAGAAAGAAAAAGUACUUCCUCCAUCAGAUGAUGACAGUUGGAUUGAAGUAAGUCCUGAUGACCUGGACCAGUUAUUACAUACAACAGUUGGUACAACACAAUCUAAUACAACACAACAAGAUACAUUUGAUUUAUCACAAAUAUCACAAAGUAUGAAAUCAUUUGUUGAUAAUGUAUCUUCUGUUGAUGGUGUGGAAUUUCCUAAAGAGGAUGAUGGUGAUGGUGAAAUCCAAUUUGAUGGCAUGGGUUUUAUACAUGCUAUGCAGAAAAUGUUUGAUUUUCCAGAAGAUAAAGAUGAUGAUAGUGAUGAUGAUAUUGAUGAAUAUGACUGGCAAGAUGAUGAUGAUGAUAUUGAUGACUUAAGACCUUCCAAAAGUUUUCAACUGGAUAAACCAAAGAUUAAGACUGAUCAAAAAAUCAAACAAUACAUGGAACAAAUGGAUAGAGAAUUGGAUAAAACUGAAAUGGGCAAAAGUUUUGACAAAGUUCCUAAGUCUAAACCAGCCAGUACGUCUGCUAACAAACCAAAGAAAUCUUGCAACAUUGAAGAUGAAGAUGAUGAUUUUAGACCAGUAGACAUCGACUUAACAUUGGUUAAAAACACUCUCCAGUCAUUUAGUGCUCAACAAGGAUUAGCAGGCCCCGCUUCUCAUAUCUUAAACAAUAUGGGAAUUCAUAUCCCUCAAAAUGCAGACUAG